AUGCAGCCUCGCUUAGUUAUCAAGUACGGUGGACCAUCAAGUGCCGCCUCGGAACAUCUCCUCCCCGAGAUCUACGGCUUGGCCAGCCUCGACUGGACCGCUGCUUACCUGGACGCGACCCUGGUGAAUAGGGCUUCCUCUCCUAGACAUGCCGACGCCGACGCCGACGCCGAUCGGCUAAGAGUGGAGCUGUCAGCUUUCGAAGCGGAACGCCGAGGGUGCGUGCUGAAGCUCGGAACGGCCACCGCACGAGGCGAGACCACGUCCCUACGGUACGACGGCGAGGGACGUCGCUUCUGGCUGGCGCCGGAGCGCAUCACGGACGCGGGCCAAUGGGGUUCCCAGGGACCAAAGCCGGCGGGGCUCGUGGAGCCGAUGGAUACGCCAGAGCAUUCGAGUGGAGGGGAGGAGGAGGAGCAGCAGCCGGAGAGUGAAACGUCGCGCAAGGACGAGCCGAGCGGCGUCGGCUUUCCGGAUCAUGGCGCUAGGGACGACAGCAAUGCCGAGACCUUCGACUCGGGACCCUCCAGUCUCUGGCCGAGCUGGCCGGCGACUGCGGUGAGUCGAGUCCUCACAAAGCGAAGUAGUAGGGAGAACGUCGGGAGCGACGGGCAACUCGGGAGCGAAGGGGACGUCAGCAGCCAUGAGUCAGCCAGGAACGACAGACAUGUCAAGAGGCGCGAGGAGUUCAGGCUGUUCGAAAACUUUGACGCCGACGCCAAAGCACUGCGGGAACUGAUCGAAGAGCGGAGCGUGUCCCUCAGCCGGUCGAUGCCCAAGGUCAAGCCACGGGCCGUCCAUGCCAUCAUCGGCCUCCUCGGCAUCUUCCUAGGUCUACUUUUAAGUAUAAUCGGCCUUUCGUUUGUGUUGAUCUUGGAACUAAGCCGGGAAACGCUCGUGCAGCUGCAGAUGAUCUUCUUUGUCCUCUUCUUGCUGUGCCUGGUCAUCACGGCGGCUGCCAUCGUGUUUACGUUGCAAAUCGCGCCGGCCGAGCGGAUCUUGCUGGGAAUAUAG